CCAAAUCACACAAUCAGAUCGGAUCUAUAUAUAUAUAUAUAUAUAAAUUCUUGGUAAAUCCAUACCAAAUUUUUGUCCUAAUCGUGUCUUGUUUUGAGGUGUUCUGAACCCAUAAAUCAAAAUUCGAUCUUUUUUUCUUGAAAUUCUCGGAUAGGAUGUCCAUGGAAGCACUCAUCCAAAGAUUUACUGGUUCAUUUCUGGACCGAAAUCAUCAUACCUACCCGGAUCUUCCUUUCAAUUUGGUUGAUGGGGACGCAAUUCAUGCGUCCCCUUCCCCGCCGACAUCGGUUGUCAGCUCGGAAGGCGAUGCAGGCGAGGAAGGCGAUUUCUCGGAUGCAACGCUUAAGCUGAUCAGCCAGAUGCUCAUGGAAGAUGGGUUGGAGAACAAACCUUGUAUGUACCAAGACUGCUUGGCUCUCCAAGCUACCGAGAAAUCGUUCUAUGACGUUCUCGGCAAACAGUACCCGCCUCAUCUGAGCUCAGAUGAUAAUUCUCCGAGGACAUGCUCUAGUGACAGUAGCAACAGCUCUGUUUCGGUCAACGAUUUCAUCGAUCAGUCCAGUUGGAUUCGGGAGAAAUUCAAACCCUCUUAUUAUGAUGAGUACACAUUCGAGUCCAUCAUGCAGUCAAUCAGUUCUCCAAAUGGCUCGGGAGACGGGUCAGUUGACUCUCUUCCAUUUCAGAUUUCAUCAGAAGCAAAAUUUGGAGAGUUAGUCCCAACUACAGAUUAUGUGAACUAUAGAUCGGAAAGUACUUGGAAGGUUUUGGAGGGUGCAGAACAGAACCAGGGGGACCAUCCGCCCCACGGGUCGAGGGAAAAGAAAACGCACAAUCGAGAAGACGCCGAUUACACAGACGGUGCUGGCCGGAGUAACAAGCAAUUGGCUAGUUUUGCUGAAGAGGCCGAUGAUCAAUUGUACGAUAAGGUGUUACUCUGUCCUCGCUUGAAUCCUCAUUUGCAUCAAGACGAGCCCUUGCACUUUCUAUGCACCGAGCACGAUGAUGAUGAUGCCUCAUCGAUUGUGGCAGGCAGGAAAUCACCGCAGAAUGGGGUGGCAGCAAAAGGAGCGAACGGAGGAGGAAGGGGGCGAGGCAAAAAACAGGGCAACAAGAAGGAAGUGAUCGAUUUGCGGACUCUGCUAUCUCAGUGUGCACAAGCUGUUGCGAACGCAGACAUCAGGAAUGCUAAUGAACUCCUGAAUCGGAUCAGGCAACAUGCUUCACCAACCGGCGAUGGCACCGAAAGGUUGGCCUAUUACUUCGCCAACGCGCUCGAGGCCCGCUUGGCUGGCACCGGGACAUCAUUGUAUGCCGCUUUUAAGACCAAGAGGAUAUCAGUUGCUGAUAUCUUGAAAGGUUACCAAGUCUUUAUGAAGGCAUGCCCUUUCAACAAGAUGUCCAAUAUGUUUGCCAACAAAUCAAUUGCGGCACUGGUUCAUGCAAAACAGACGCUUCACAUAAUUGAUUUCGGUGUCCUUUAUGGGUUCCAAUGGCCCUGCCUCAUCCAGCAUUUCUCCGUUAGGGAAGGCGGGCCUCCGAAGAAGCUCCGAUUUACUGGAAUUGACUUUCCACAACCGGGUUUUCGGCCAAAAGAAAGGGUCGAGGAAACAGGACGUCGGCUAGCGAUUUACUGCAAGAGAUUUAAUGUCCCAUUUGAGUACACUGCAAUAGCCAAGAAAUGGAGCACUAUCGAACUUGAGGAGCUCAACAUCGAUAGAGACGAAGUACUUGUUGUGAAUUGUUUGUACCGGCUAAGAAACGUACCCGAUGAGACGGUUGUCGAGAGCAGUCCGCGUGAUGCUGUUCUCAACUUGGUGAAGAGGAUCAAUCCGGAUAUGUUCAUCCAUGGAGUUAUCAACGGGACAUACAACGCACCCUUUUUUGUAACCCGAUUUAGGGAGGCACUUUUCCACUUCUCCGCAGGAUUUGAUGUGUUUGAGACCACUUUACCACGCGAAGAUCAGGGUAGGAUGUUGUAUGAGAAGGAGAUCCUUGGAAGGGAUGUUAUGAACGUCAUAGCGUGUGAAGGUACAGAGAGGGUUGAGAGGCCGGAGACAUACAAGCAGUGGCAAGUUAGGAAUACGCGAGCCGGGUUCAGGCAGCUACAGCUGAACAAGGAGCUCGUGACAGAGGUGAAGACUAAGGUGAAGUUGUAUUACAACGAGAAUUUCGUGGUGGAUGAGGACGGUAAGUGGCUGCUGCAAGGAUGGAAGGGUCGAAUCAUGUUUGCUCUGUCUUGUUGGAAACCUGUCAAGGAGCGGUAAAAAAAAAUAAAUUAAAGUGCAAUUCUGGUUAGUGUUUAGAGCCGUUGAAUCAUGGUGCUAUGCUACUAUCCACGAAUUCAGUAAUGUAUAGCUCGUUGGUCUUGUAAUGCCCUUGCACUUCCUGCUACCUGUUUCUUCUAGGAAUGUACUCGAUAUCUAGUGUUUAAUAGAGAUUUGUUUAAUGCCUUUUCUGUGCACCACCGCAGUCUCUGUUUUUUUGGUUUGUUUAUGUUUAUUUGUUUUAGUUUGUAUUCAACAAGGAGGUUGGACCAAAACUCUUGAGUUGAGCGGAGUUGUAUUCUUGAAGAGAGUUUGUUGGUAGGCCUUGCAACUGCUAGCUAGAUUCUGUCUUGUAAGAUUCUUUGAAUAAUUGGAGUUGAUUCAUAAGUUGUGUUGA